CUAGUUGAUAUUAUGAUUUUUAAAAUGUAUUGCAACUUACAAAUACUAAGAUUACUUGCCGACAUUGGUUCGUAUUGAUGUGUAUUGAUUCUAAAAACCGCCAACACAUUCUAACUCGGGCCCAAGGAAUGCUCUUAAUGGCAGUAUUCCAUAUGUUUCAGGUACUUUCGAGUCUUUUUAUUAUAUUGUUACACAACGCAAGUCAACCUUCUUCAUCAUGGCGUGUUCAAAUGAAUCCUCGUCAUGGAUGGUACCAUGCUAAUAUGCCAAACCGUCCUAAAAUUCUAAUCCAAGCCAACAAUGAUGCAAAGGAUUAUAAAUCUAACUCGGACUACCUGGCUAAAGUGGAUGAAUUCCACAUUCGAACACGAACGUUGUUCCUUAGUGGUGAACUCAAUGAUGAAAAAUCAUACAGAUUGAUAAAUCAGAUAUUUCGAAUGAAUGAAGAAAAUCCCAAUGAAAAUAUAAAAUUUUACAUCAAUUCGCCGGGAGGAUCUGUGUCAGCAGGAUUAGCAAUAUACGACAUUUUACAAAGUCUUAAAAUGCGUGUAGAGACCAUAUGUAUCGGACAAGCAGCAUCUAUGGGUGCGUUUCUGCUUGCUGCUGGAGCAAAGGGGUUGCGAUCCGCAAUGCCAAACUCACGUAUCAUGAUCCAUCAACCAUUGGGAGGUGCACAUGGCGAAGUUACUGAUAUAAAAAUACAGGCUAAUGAAAUACUACACAUUCGGCAAAUAUUGAAUGCACAUUUUUCGCACUUCACCGGAAAAUCCAUAGAACAAGUGGAGCAAGAUUGUGAACGAGAUUACUAUAUGCGCCCGUCGGAAGCCAUGGAAUAUGGUCUUAUUGAUCGAAUAUGUACUACACGAACAUCACAUAUACCCAUUCCGACAGCACCAGUCAUUGAAUAACUAAAUUGUUCAACGUCCAUAUAGCAGCCCAUUGAUAAAUGUUGAGACUUUAGGACAUGGUUGCAACGUAAAAUCAAUGCAACGAUAUAGCUGUUGUAUAUUGGAUCUACUCAUGUGAACUUACAGUUCACAUUUUCAUCUCACCCGAAUAACCUGCAGAAAUAUGGUUUUAUAUAACAUAAUUAGGUUAUAGUCAGAUA